AUGAGCAGAUCCAGUCGGCAUAAAGGAAAGCAUGGACAGAUGUCUCGAGAUCAACAGUAUGAAGGUACUGCUGCACGGACUAGACCUUUCAGCUUUGAUGAAAUUAUGUCGAAAAGGAUAAACAAGAAGGUAUCUGAAAAUGAGAAAGGAGAGUUAAAAGGUGUCUCAGAAGCUGUUAUUCAUGAGAAAGCUUCUGAACGUAGAUCUGAAAGGGGUGAUGGUCACAAUGAAGAGUCUUGUCUCCGACAGCACUUGUCAGAGGAACGCAGUAAGGCAAGUUACCGAAAGAAAGAAGAUCAAGUUUCCAUGAAGGAUGAUUAUAUAGCCAAAGGCAAAGAUAGAGAUGUUCGAGAUUCAGAAACUAAAUCAAAGGUCAAAAUGAACGAAGAUCUGAGAACUGGAGUUAAAGAAAAGACUAAUGAAAAGGUUAAUGACAGGAGAAAAAGUGAUAGGUGGCUAAGCAGUAUUUCUGAAAAUCAAGUUGUGAAGAAGCAUUCAAGAGAUGUGGAGAAGGAUAGACAUGUGGACAAAAGUAGAGGAAAAUCUGAAAGAGAAAGCAAUGCAAAAUACAGGAACGGAGUUGAUGAUAAAAGUAGAGAAAGGAACGCUGCAAAGAAAUAUGAUUUGGGAAAAGGGCAUCAUUUAGAAUCUUCAGAGAGAAAGGAAAGGAAGGAAUUUUCAAAAUAUCAUAAUGAAGAAUUAAGGCUGAAAAGGAGACGAUCAAGGAGCCGAGAGCGCGAGGACAGAAAUAGAAGGUCUAUUUCACUCUCACCAAGGGCUCAUAAACAUGGUUCUUAUCACAAAAGGGAACAGGGGGAAUCGUCCUCACAUCCCGUCAAAGAAAGGUCUGGACGACAGCAAUCUGAUGCUGAUAAGAGCAAAAUUACAAAUAGUAGUUCUGGUAGCCAUCACAGGAGACAUGGUGGCUUUGCAAGUGGACUUGGUGGCUAUUCACCGAGGAAGAGAAAAACUGAGGCUGCUAUUAAGACUCCUUCCCCAGCUAAACGCUCACCAGAGAAGAAAAGCGCUAGAUGGGACCUUGCACCAAAAGGAACAAACAAUGUCUUUCCUGCUGUAAUUCUUUCUAAUUUUCAAUCACCUAAGCAAACUGCAUCUUCAAAUAUACACAGAGUUGUCAGUGCUGUUCCUGUUGCUUCAGCUGCAAUGAAGCCUCUUUCUGGGGUUUCACCCAGUGCUUUGGCAACUGCUACGAAAAUCUCCACUGAAUCCAUUCAACUUACACAGGCUACCCGUCCUAUGAGGAGGCUUUAUAUGGAAAAUAUACCAGCUUCAGCCUCUGAGAAAGCUGUGAUGCAAUGUCUUAAUAACCUUUUGAUUUCUUCAGGUGUCAAUCAUAUCCAAGGAACCCAGCCAUGUAUAAGCUGCAUUAUGCACAAAGAAAAGGGCCAAGCUCUUGUGGAAUUUCUUACUCCUGAGGAUGCUUCAGCGGCUCUCUCUUUUGAUGGCUGUUCUUUCUCAGGCUCCAUUAUCAAAGUCAGACGGCCCAAAGACUUUGUUGAAGUGGCAGCAUUCAAAAAGACGAAGCUUAAUGCAACUAUGGAUGGUCAAUUUAAAAUGUCUAGGCCAAAUAAUAUCAGAUUAACCAAGAAAGAGGAGGUUCCUGAUACUGGUGAACUGGAAAAAUCAGCCGCUGCAUUUGAGGCAAUUGACGAUGUUGUUAAGGAUUCAUGUCACAAGAUCUUCAUUGGUGGAAUUUCAAAGGCUGUUUCUUCUAAAAUGUUUAUGGAGAUUGCUAGUGCCUUUGGACCUCUGAAGGCAUACCAGUUUGAGAACAGUAAGGAUCCUGAUGAGCCAUUUGCUUUCCUAGAGUAUGCAGACCAAUCAGUUACUUUCAAGGCUUGUGCUGGUCUCAAUGGUAUGAAGUUAGGAGGGCAAGUAAUUACUGCCAUUCAAGCUGUUCCAGAUGCAUCCUCCUCGGGAAGUGAUGAAAAUCCACCAUUUUGCCAGAUCCCUCAGCAGGCAAAGGCACUUCUUGAGAAGCCUACAGAAGUCUUAAAGCUUAAAAAUGUGUUCGAUUCAGAAAACCUUUCAUCCCUAUCUACUACGGAAGUUGAAGAAGUAUUGGAAGAUGUGCGUUUAGAGUGUGUCAGGUUUGGCUCUGUUAAAUCUGUUAAUGUUGUCAAGUCUGGUGCAACUGCCACCUCCACUUCAAAAUUAUGUGAAUGCAAUGAUGAUAUGGCAUCUGCUGAAGCAACACAAAGCUUAGGGUGUGAUGUAACAAAUCCUAAAACAAGGAACAACAGAGAAUCUAUUGACCAAAAAGUUAUGGAAGGCAACAGCAUUGGUGAUGAUAAACCAGCAAAUUAUGUUAUGGAGGAGGAGCCAUGCCAGCCAGGUCAGGUUGACAGUGAUACGGUUGUUCAAGACUCUGAAGUACCCCCUCUGGAUGAAUUAGACAGCAGCGUUGACAAGUUCACCGAUGACAUUGAAAUGGAGGAAGCACGUGCAGAAAACAAAUCAACAGCUGGAGAAGAUUUGAAUUUGGAAGACGAUAGUGGAAACAAAUUGACAGCUAGAGAAGAGUUGAAUUUGGAGGAGGUGGGAGAAAGAAAAUCAAUGACCAGAGAAAAAUUGAAUUUGGAGGAAGUCAGAAAAAACAAAGUGAUGGCUGAAGAAGAGUUAGACUGGGAGGAAGCCAGUGGAGACGUUGAAAAAGCUUUUGUGAAUGAUAGCAUGGAAGCAAGACCAAAUACUAUUGAGAAGGGAGAUGACGAGGAACAGGAUAGUGAUCUUGGAUGCAUUUUUGAGCCGGGCUGUGUUUUUGUGGAGUUCAGAAGAACGGAAGCCUCAUGCAUGGCAGCACAUUGUUUACAUGGAAGGUUAUUUGAUGGCCGUGUUGUAGUGGUGGAAUAUGUUCCUCUUGAUAUUUACCUUGCCAGAUUCCCAAAAUGA